AUGAUGGGGGCAUUGUGUGCGCUGGCAGUGACACAGGCGGGCCUCAUUCUGGCUGCACCGGCCCUCCGUGCAUACUGGCCAUUCUCUUGGUACUACCACGUGGUGUUCCGGACGGUGCUGCAGGACACACAGCGGCACCGGUGGAAGUACUGGGCUACACCGGCGUUCUACGCGGGUGUUUACGCUUACUGCGUAUGGCUGUUUUACGGCGAGGUGUACGCGGAGAUAGCGAAAGCGCUCUGGGUUCCGGAGCGAUGGGUGCUGCCGGCGGCCGUCGUCGCGCCGGCGGCCGCCGGCGUCGCGGCCGCUGCCACGCCGGCGGCAGUGCCCGCGGACGCGGCCUACGACGGGCUGCUGUUCCACGACGGCGUGGAGUGCCGCACGUGCCGCGUGCGCAAGCCCGCCCGGUCGCGCCACUGCGGCGUGUGCGGGCGCUGCGUGCCGCUGGCGGACCACCACUGCGUGUGGCUGAACAACUGCGUUGGCCGCGGCAACUACGGGCUGUUUUACCUCGCGCUGGGCGCGCACUGCGCGCUGCUUACGUACGGGGCGGUGCGGCUGCCGCUGGCCGCGCCCGCGGGGCGCUGGCCGCGCGCGCUGCUGGCGCUUGAGCUGCUCGUGGCGAGCUUCGCCGUGCUGUGCGUGUGGUUCACGGCGACGCAGGUGGCGCUCGUGCGCGACGGCAUGACGACGAACGAGCAGGACAAGUGGUACGCCGUGCAGGAGAGCAUGCGCGAGGGCACGCUGGUGCGCCUGCGCGGCCGUUUCUACCACCGCGUGGAGGGCGGCGACGGCGUCGAGUUUUACAGCACGAACGCCUACGAUCACCGCACGUACGCACUACAUAACGAGCCGUACGCUGUGGUUACGUCGCACGAGGAGAUUCCCAAUGUCUACGACACGGGGUCCUUCUGCGAGAACCUGCGCCAGCGGCUCGACCCGCAGGCGAGGAUUUUCCGGCGCCGCGUCAGGGGCUUGUGA